UGGAGAUAGUUAGCAGGCUCUGAAGUGUGUGUGUGCGUGUGUGUGUGUGUGUGUGUGUGUGUGUGUGUGUGUGUGUGUGUGUGUGUGUGUGUGUGUGUGUGUGUGUGUGUGUGUGAUGCUGUAAUGUAAUGUAAAGUGAGUGAAGUGAUCCUGAGCAGAAUCUCCGCGCUGGUUUCCAGAUAAAGGCCGGUACCGCGUCUCAGUCUCAGAGUCUCCGGGUCUGGACCUCGGUUCGGUUAGAACGGGCGGGGGAUGGAUCUGAACUAGACCGGGUAGGUGGAGCUGAGGUACGGGUCAGUGAUGAUGAGAGCCCCGCUGCUGGGGCUGGGGGUCGGUCAGGGCGCGGGUCAGGUGCCCGUCUGAUCCUCCUCCGCUGUGGGAGCGCAUGUUGGAGUCCGGGGGGAGCGGGAGGCGGGAGCGGCGGAGUCAGCCCGCGGAGGAUCCUCAGAGUCUCGGUCUGGGAGAUGAGUGAGACCCCCGGCCGCUCUCCGCGUCUGAAACAUGGCCAAAAACACCUCGCUCUACUUUCGCAUAGUGGAGGGACGGAACCUGCCCGCCAAAGACGUUUCAGGGACCAGUGAUCCCUACUGCAUUGUCAAAGUUGACAACGAGGUUGUGGCCAGGACGGCCACCGUGUGGAAGAACCUGAAUCCAUUUUGGGGAGAAGAAUACACUCUACAUUUGCCAAUGGGCUUCCAUACACUCACCUUCUACGUCAUGGACGAGGACACUAUAGGUCAUGAUGAUGUGAUCGGAAAAAUCUCUUUAAGUAAAGAAGUUAUAGCGAAUCAAUCCAAAGGUAUUGACAACUGGUUGAACCUGACGCGUGUGGACCCGGAUGAGGAGGUUCAGGGGGAGAUCCACGUGGCCCUGGAGAUACACAGAGAUGCUAAGACGACCUGUUUGCGCUGUCACGUUAUAGAGGCCCGAGACUUAGCCCCGAGGGAUAUCACUGGCACGUCAGAUCCCUUCACCAGAAUCCUUUACAACAACCUCAGUGCUGAGACAUCAAUCAUAAAAAAGACCCGCUUCCCACACUGGGAUGAGACUCUGGAGCUGAGUCUGGAUGAAGCGGGCGAGUGUGAGUCAGGCUCUGUCAUUCUGGAGGUGUGGGACUGGGACAUGGUGGGCAAAAAUGACUUUUUAGGCAAGGUGGAGAUCCCGAUGUCUUGUCUGCACAGAACUCCUCUGAUCCAGGGUUGGUUUCGUCUGCUUCCGCUGGGAAACACAGAGGACGAUGCCGGGGGAAAGCUGGGAGCACUGAGGCUGAAGGUUCGUUUGGCUGAGGAGAGAAUUCUCCCCUCGCUGUAUUAUCAGCCUCUCAUAGAUUUGCUGGUGGAAUCUGUCAUCUCACCUGCUGAGGUGGAGGACCCGACACCUCUGACCCUGCUAGAGGAGGUGACCACAGUAGACAGCCGACAGGAUGUUGCCAUGAUGCUGGUGAAGAUCUAUCUUGGCCAGGGCCUAGUUGUGCCAUUCCUGGACUACCUCAACACCAGAGAAGUUCACCACACAACGGAUCCUAAUACACUAUUCCGCUCCAAUUCCCUGGCCUCCAAAGCCAUGGAGCAGUUUAUGAAGGCUGUUGGAAUGAUAUAUCUGCAUGAGGUCUUGAAGCCCAUAAUUAACCGGAUCUUUGAGGAGAAGAAAUAUAUUGAGCUCGACCCCUGCAAGAUAGACCUCAACCGCUGCAGGCGUAUCUCCUUCAAGGGUUCAGUAUCUGAGGCAGAAGUGAGAGAGAGCAGUUUAGGUAUGUUACAGAUGUAUUUAAACAGCAUAAUGGAGGCCAUCGUCAACUCAGUUUCCCAGUGUCCUCCUGCCAUGAGAGUCGUCUUCAAGCAGCUCCAUAAACGAGUGGAGGAGCAGUUCCCUGAGCCGGAAAAUGAGGAUGUAAAAUAUUUGGCGAUCAGUGGCUUUUUUUUCCUCCGUUUCUUUGCACCUGCCAUUCUGACACCCAAACUGUUCCACCUGAGGGACCACCAUGCAGACACACGUACCAGCCGAACUCUGUUGUUGCUCGCCAAGGCUCUGCAGAGUGUGGGGAAUCUUGGGUUGCAGUUGGGACAUGGUAAGGAGCAGUGGAUGGCACCUCUCCACCCGCUCAUCCUCUGCAGUGUGGCAUCCAUCAAGGACUUUUUGGAUAAGCUGAUAGAUGUGGAUCACGACAGUGGGUGUGAUGUUCCUCAGCGUGCCGUGUAUUUGCCGUCAGUAACAGUGAAAGAGGGUUUUCUUCAGAAACACAAAGCUGAAGGACCACAACUCCUCAAACGCUUCGCCUUUAAGAAACGCUAUUUUUGGCUCAGCUCAGAGACGCUGUCCUACGCCAAAACUCCUGACUGGCAGGCACGCUCCUCUAUUCCGGUUCGGUGUGUUUGUGCAGUGGAGAGAGUAGAUGAAAAUGCCUUUCAGCUCCAGAACGUCAUGCAGGUUAUAACCCAAGACCCAGAGAGCAAACUGCACAUCACAUACCUGCAGUGCAAGAAUGUGAAUGAGCUUAAUCAGUGGCUGUCAGCUAUACGGAAGGCCAGCAUCUACAACGAGCACAUGCUGCCCUCCUUCCACCCGGGAGCCCACCGCGGAAACAAAUGGACCUGCUGCUUACAGACAGACCGCACAGCACUGGGCUGCAGUCGUACUCACUCUGCCGUGACUCUGGGAGACUGGAGUGAUCCGUUAGACCCGGACGCUGAGGCUCAGACUAUUUAUAAAGAACUGCUGCAGGGCAGAGAAAAACUCAGGAAACAGUAUCUGGAGACACAGGAGACAGAAGCAGCCACACCAGAAGAGAGCAGCACGGUGAAGCCCAGAAAACCCUCAGAUCGGGACGGGCUGGCUGUGCCGGGGCGUAAUGAGCGAGCGCGGGCGGUAGCGGCUCGGCUGCUGGACGUGGUUAUGGAUUUGGAACGUGCGCAUGCCUCCUUCCAGCACAGAGAAACAGAAGAGGCCAGCAGCCUGAUCCUGCCUUCAUAGAGUGCACUAAACACACGCCCCUUAAAACGGUCCGCCCCUUAAAACCCAAACCCUGCCCCUAAAACACAUGUCCCGCCCCUUAAAACACACACAUCACCUUUAAAACUCAAACCCUGCCCUUAAAACACACACCCCACCCUUAAAACACACACAGCGCCCUUAAAACACACACAACACCCUUAAAACUCAAACCCCGCCACUUAAAACACACACUCCGCCCUUAAAACACACACAACACCCUUAAAACUCAAACCCCGCCACUUAAAACACACACUCCGCCCUUAAAACACACACAACACCCUUAAAACUCAAACCCCGCCACUUAAAACACACACUCCGCCCUUAAAACACACACAACACCCUUAAAACUCAAACCCCGCCCCUUAAAACACACACCCUGCCCUGAAAACACACACAGCGCCCUCAAAACACAGACACUGCCCUUAAACACAAUGUAAGGUAUUUAAAACACAAACCCCACCCUUAAAACACAUGACCCACCCCUUAAAACACACACACAACACCUUUAAAACUCAAACCCCGCCCUUAAGACACACACCCCGCCCUUAAAACACACACAACACCACUAAAACUCAAACCGCGCCCUUAAGACACACACCCCGCCCUUAAAACUCAAACCCCGCCCUUAAAACUCAAACCCCGCCCUUAAAACACACACAGCGCCCUUAAACACACACUGCCCUUAAACACACACUGCCCUUAAACACACCCUCCAUACAGCCUGAAACUGCUUUACAGUAAUAAAAUAAAGGGGCUUUAGAGGGUUCUUUGAGCAAUGCCACAGAAACAUUAUUCAUAUCAAAUAUCACUCACACACACACACACACACACACACCCGAUGCUUUUCUCCUAAAGCUUUCUGUUAAACCUUAACUUUAGCACAAUAAAAGAUUUAAUUUAAAUAAGCGUUAAAAAAUACCCUGAGAUAUUAUACAUAUUUUAUUUAAGUAUAAAAGGUUCUAGUCUCUAGGGACACCACAGUAUACUAUUAUUUUUGUGUCCCUUCUAAAACACAGUGAAAUUCCAAAAUUUAGUUUUUAAAAUCAUAAUUUAAAUCAUGAUUCAUUACAUAAUGUUUAUAACAAUGUUAUAUAAAGUGAAUAACAACAAAAAGGUAAACAUUCAUUACAUUAAUUCUAUUAUUUACAUUUAAGGAUCCAUUAAUAAAAGUUCUAAGAAGAUGAAGAUAAUCAUGAUUAAUCACAAAUUAUUGCGUCUGCAUUGCUCGUAGGAAAGCCCCUUUGCCACCUUAAUGAGGAGAUCUACGCAGGUGCAGUGGCCAGAACAAGCCCGAAAAAAAAGUUUAUUAAGUUACAAGUUUUUUUUUAAAUAGAUUUUAUCAGUGGUGUAUAAUAUGUUGUUCAAAUGGUAAUUAAUAUUUGGUAUUUGGUAUUUUGGUCUCUUUCAAGUGUAAGGACUUUGGUUAGAGAGCACAUUACCUUGCAAUGCCUGCUGGGGAUUGUAGUGCAGCGCAUUGAGAAACAGGCUAAUAUUAAUAGAAUACCAAAAUCAUUUUGCAGGCCACAUCCAUAUCUUUAUUAUAAACAUGCUUCCUUGUGGAAGAAAAAGUGUUUUUUCUAUGGUGUCACUCAAAGAACUGUUUAAAGAACCUUUAUGUUUAUUGUAUAUUAUACACUCGACACACAGUCAGGACACUUAGCCUAGUACCCUUUUCCUACUGUCAGCCCUUCCUCACAUCAUGCAGCCCUUCCUGAACAUUCCUAUUAGGACGUUUUUGUCCCAUUAAUAGACAAUUAUGCAAUCUUUGAAAAAUCAAUGAAAAGCUGUUUUAUGAAAAUUGUCAAGCUUUUAAAUCAGACAAAUGACAUUUACAAAGUAUCACUUGACUUUUUUCUAUGUAUUUGUAUUUUGAAUGACUUGAAUUGACGCUUUGUGUUGAUUUUAUAGCCAGCAGCCAAACUGUAGCUUUUAAAAACGAGAAUGUGUGUAUUUGUAUAUUCAUGUAUAAAACAGUCUGCAUGACGAGAUGCUUUAUGACAGCACCUGCAUACAUUAAAACCUAUGUAUUUACACAAGCUCGCACCAGAAGUAUCAUCCCAGCUAACAGAGAACGUUAUAAGAACGUUUAGCAACGUUCUAAAAAGGUACUGAAAAGGUUAUCCUGUAACAUAAUGUGACAUAAUAAUGGUUUGCAUUACAACAUUAUAAGAAUGUACCCAGCUAGAUGAAUACUAACACUAUGGAAGUGUUAAAAUAACUUUUUUAAAACUAAAAAUGAAAACAUUGACACAAUUGAGGUUGCAGCGACGUUGACAGAACAUUUAACAAUGUAAAAAAAAAACUUUCUGAAAACGUGACAGAUUGAAUGUUCAAACAAUGUUAACUGUUAAAUUCAGAAAAUGUUCUUUUAACAAGACCUGUUAGCUGGGAUGCCCGCUUUUGGGUUGCCACCAUGUUUACUAAGUAGAUGAGUUCAUGAUUACAGUGGCUGACUGAGGCGCAGAUUAUGGUGCAAAUUCUCCAGUUUGGCUAAAUAUAUAUAUAUAUAUAUUUUUUUUUUUAAUGAAUAGCGUUACCAUUCUUCUAUUUCUAAACAUAGGAUAUACAGUAUGUCACAAAAGUGGGUACACUUUUUACAUUUUUGUAUAUAUUUUAUGGGACAACACUGAAGAUGACACUUUGACACAUUGUAAAGUGGCCAGUGUAGAGCUUAACAGUGUAACAGUAUAAAUUGGCUCAAUAACUCAACUCACAGUUAUUAAUGUCUAAACAAUUGGACACAAAAGUGACUACAGUCCUGGGUAAAAAUUGACAAAUUUUGCCCAAAGUGUCAAUAUUUUGUGUGGCCACCAUUCUUUUUCAGCAUUGCCUUAACUUCUUGGUUUGUAGUUCACCAGAGCGUCACAUGUUGCAACUGGAAUCCUCUUCCACUCUUUCAUAAUGACAUCACAAAACUGGUGGAUUUUAGAAACCUUCUACUUGAGGAUGCCCAACAGAUGCUCAAUAGGGUUUAGGUCUUAAAACAUACCUUGAGUUUCUUUAGCAAGGCAGUGUGAUUGAAGUCGUCAUCAUGUUGGAACACUGCCCUGGGGCCCAGUUUCUAAAGGGACGGGAUCAUGCUCUGCUUCAGUAUUUCACAGUCCAUAUUGGAGUUCAUGGUUCCCUCAAUGAACUGUAGCUCCCCAACACCCCCAGACCAUGACACUCCCACCACCAUGCUUGACUGUAGGCAUGACACACUUAUCUUUGUACUCCUCACCUGAUUGCCACCACACAUGUUUAAGACCAUCUAAACCAAACAAAUUAAUCUUGGUCUCCUCAGACCACAGGACAUGGUUCCAUGUCCAUGUAAUCCAUGCUCUAGGGCUGCUUGUCUUCAGCAAAAUGUGUCAGACUUUCUUGUGCAUCAGCUUCAGAAGAGGCUGACUUCUAGGACCAUGCCAUGAAGACAUAGUUGAUGCAGUGUGCUGCGUAUGGUCUGAGCGCUGACAGACCAUAUUAUUAUUAUAUUAUUUUAUUUAUAUUUUUUUCCCCAUUUUCUCCCCACUUUACAUGGCCUAGUACCCAAUCCACUCAUAAUAACUCCCCCUAUCAUUCGUGAUGCCCCAACACCAGGAGAGUGAUAACCAGCACAUGCCUCCUCCGACACAUGUAAAAUCAAUCAGCCACCGCCUCUUUUUGAACUGCUGCUGAUGCAGCAUUACCAAGUAGCAUCACAAUGUGCUCGGAGGGAAGCGCAGCGACUCGGUUCUGAUACAUCAGCUCACAGACACAGCCUUGUGAUAUUUGGAGUUAUGUGUGGGGAGAGUGCUAUCUACUGUACCUACCCAGAGAGAACAAGGCCAAAUGUGCUCUCUCAGGGCUCCUCUGGCAGCUGAUGGCAAGCUACAUGAACAGGAUUCGAACCUGCUCUCCAUUCACACCUGAGACCUUGUAACAUUAAAUAGUCAAAUGACACCAGGGAGGAAAAAUAGCUAAUUAUGGCCAUUUUCACAGGGGUGUUUGUUAAACAAGCUGGACAAUUUUACAUCAAAGUGUCAUAUAUUUAGCAUUGAUCAUGAAAAGGUUUAUUAAAAAUAUUUACAGAAAUGUGAGGGGUGUACUCACUUUUGUGAGAUACUGUAUGUAUGUGUUUGGGUACAUUUAAAAAAAAUUGCUUUCAUUUGUUUUAAAUUGUAUUGUAUAGGAACACGCUACACAGUCGAUCUGAUGAUUGCACUGGAAGAAACAUAUCGCAUUUCAUUUGUAGCGAUCAUUGUGACACAGGUUCCCGUGUCCUGCUGAUGCGCUGGCUAUAUUUGCCGUUGCUAUGGGCGUAUCCAGGCUGCGCUGUAUCCAGGUUACAGGUAUAACCUUAAAUCAGGGCGGCCGCUGUAGAGAUGCUAUUCGGUGGAGCAUGGCUGCCUGAGUGGCUUUAGCUUGUGAAGUUGGUGGAUGUUUUUUUUUAAAUAAAUGUUUUUAUUGUGUUUUUUUAUGUUUGUAAUAUAUAGCUGUAGGGCUGUUAUU